CGGGCGAUGCCGCUGUUACACCGCAAGCCUUUCGUGAGGGAGAAACCCCCCGCCGACUUGCGACCCGACGAGCACGUCUUCUACUGUAAGGUCACCGACGAGAUCUUCAGGGAUUACGAUGACUUUUUUGAACGAACCAUUCUGUGUAACAGCCUUGUGUGGAGUUGUGCUGUUACAGGCAAGCCUGGACUCACAUAUCAAGAAGCAUUAGAAUCGGAAAAGAAAGCCAGACAAAAUCUUCAAAACUUUCCAGAGCCACUGAUUAUUCCAGUUCUGUACUUGGUUACUCUCACCCGUCGCUCACGACUUCAUGAAGUUUGUGAUGAUAUCUUUGCUUAUGUCAAAGACCGUUACUUUGUUGGAGAAACUGUGGAAAUACUUAGGAAUAAUGGUGACAGGUUGCACUGUAAGAUUUUGGAAGUUAAAGCGCCAUUGCAUCACAAUGGAAUGGCUAAUGGCCAUGUGAGCAGUAGAGAUGAAGACACUAUCAUUAUUAGUGAUAGCGAUGACUCAGACUUGGAUACUAGUCCUGCACAAAAUGGGAAGAGAAAAGCCAUAAUUGAUUCAUCUUUGUUCAAAUACAAGGUGAAGCCUUUAAAGAAACAGCUAUAUGAAUCUGUUACAGUGAAAGCAUCUCAGAUAUGCCGAAGAAAGCAUCUCUUUUCUCGUGACAGACUUAAGCUUUUUUUGAAGCAACACUGUGUAUCUCAUGAUGGCAUUGUUAGAAUUAAGGCAAGAUCAGUUGCAAAAUACAAGAUUGCAGAACAGAAUUUUUCCUACUUCUUUCCUGAUGAUCCACCCACUUUUGCCUUCAGUCCUUCAAGCAGGCGGCGAGGGAGGCCUCCAAAGAUGGCAACCGAGGAUCAGGUGGACAGAGUUGUAGAUGAGCCACUUAGUCCUAGUAACACAAGCAGUGCAGCAAAAGAGAGAGCAAGACUCCAAAAAGAAAAAGAAGAAAUGAGGACCAUAGAAAAAAUUAAAAGGGAGAAAGCAAAUGUAGUAAAGUCUAAGAAGAGAGAAAGAGAAGAUAAGGAAAAAAGGAGGGAAGAAUUAAAGAAGAUUGUGGAAGAAGAAAGGCUGAAGAAGAAAGAAGAGAGAGAGCGACUAAAAAUAGAAAAAGAAAAGGAAAGAGAGAAACUACGUGAGGAAAAAAGGAAAUACCUGGAGCAUCUAAAACAGUGGAGUAAGCGUAGAGAAGACAUGGAAUGUGAUGAUCUUAAGGAACUUCCAGUUCCAACCCCAGUGAAAACCAGACUACCUCCUGAGAUCUUUGGAGAUGCACUCAUGGUCUUGGAGUUCCUUCAUGCCUUUGGAGAACUCUUUGAUCUUCAAGAUGAGUUUCCUGAUGGAGUGACUUUAGAAGUGUUAGAGGAAGCUCUUGUAGGAAAUGACAGUGAAGGCCCACUGUGUGAAUUAUUGUUUUUCUUCCUGACGGCCAUUUUUCAAGCUAUGACUGAAGAAGAAGAAGAAGUGGCCAAAGACCAAAUAGCUGAUGCUGAGACCAAAGAUUUAACAGAGGCUUUGGAUGAAGAUGCAGACCCCACAAAAUCUGCACUAUCUGCAGUUGCAACUUUGGCAGCUGCUUGGCCCCAGUUACACCAGGGUUGCAAUUUGAAAAACCUGGACCUUGAUAGUUGCACUCUUUCUGAGAUUCUCAGACUCCAUAUCCUAGCAUCUGGUGCAGAUGUAACAUCAGCCAAUGCCAAAUAUCGUUACCAGAAGCGAGGAGGAUUUGAUGCUACUGAUGAUGCUUGCAUGGAGCUAAGGUUGAGUAAUCCUGGGUUGCUGAAGAAACUCUCCUGUACCUCAGUGUAUGACUUAUCAGCAGGGGAGAAGAUGAAGAUUCUUCAUGCCCUUUGUGGGAAACUCUUGACUCUUGUUUCUACUCGGGACUUCAUUGAGGAUUCCGUUGAUGUGUUACGACAGGCGAAACAGGAAUUCAGAGAGUUAAAAGCAGAACAGCAUCGUAAAGAAAGAGAAGCUGCAGCAGCAAGAAUCCGCAGGAGAAAAGAAGAAAAAUUAAAAGGGCAGGAACAAAAGAUGAAAGAUAAACUGGAAAAGCUGAAGGAAGAGCAUAAAAAUCCUGCAGUAGAAGUAUCUGUUGGGGAGGAAGAACGGGAAGAUCUUGAUACAAGUACGGAAAGCAAGGAAGUUGAAACUAAGGAACGAGACCUAGAUAUUGCGUCAGAUGAUGAAGAUGACAUAGGACCAAACAAAAAGAGGAAAGGAGGCAGAAGAGGACAGAAUGGCUUUAAAGAUCUUGCAAGGCAAGAAGAGACUACUGUUGAAAAGUGUGAGCCACUUACUCCGGAAGAGGAAGAAGCCUUAAAACUGGAGCAGCAAAUUAAAGAACGGGAACUUAUAGAAAAGAUUCAGAAAGCCACUGCCUGUACCAAUAUCUCUCCUUUGGGUCGUGAUCGCCUGUAUCGACGCUACUGGCUUUUCCCCUCUGUUCCUGGAUUAUUUUUAGAAGAAGACUAUUCUGGUCUUACAGAAGACAUGCUCUUGCCUCGGCCAUCUUCAUUUCAAAAUAAUGUACAGUAUCAUAUUGUAGACAAAUCUCAGGCAGCCACUAACAGUGGAGAGUUUAUAAAGAUGGAAUCUACCUCCAAUGGUCACCAAGAUGUGUGUACUGGUGCUCCUGCACAGGUGUCAAGACCAAUUUAUAAACCAAACCGGUGGUGCUUUUACAGUUCUCAGGACCAACUGGACCAACUCAUAGCAGCUCUCAAUUCCCGAGGACACAGGGAGAGUGCCUUAAGGGAAAAUCUUUUGCAGGAAAAGAACAGAAUAUGUGAACAAUUGAACAGUUUUCCUGUGGAAAAAUUCCAUUUCUCAGAGAAGUCACAGAAUGAAAGCAAGCCACUAUCAGGGCGGGGAAAAUCACAGAAUCCCUAUGACGUAACUCUAAUGUCUGCAGAAAAGCAACUUGAACUGAGACUCAGAGACUUUCUAUUGGACAUUGAAGAAAGAAUCUACCAAGGAACUUUAGGCUCUGUUAAGGUAACAGACAGGCAAGUUUGGAGGGCAGCCUUAGAAAAUGGGCAGUAUGAGCUGCUAAAUGAGGAAAACAAGGAAAAUGGUAUAUCAAAAACUACCACUGAAGAUGUUGAAGAGAUGGAACCUGAUGAUCCACCAAGCGUUAUUGUAAAAGACAGGUUGGUUGGACUCAAAUCUGAACCGCCAAGUACUGCUUCAACUAACACAAGCACUCCACAGCCUGUGAAUAACGUAGUCCGCUACUUGGCAGCUGCAUUGCUUCAAAUACAGCAAGGCAUUGAACGCAAGUUCCUGAAAGCCCCACUUGGUGAUGCAGAAGGAAAUAAGAGGGAUCUAAAAGGGGAUAAAAGGAGGAAGCGAGAAGAUGAUCAGUCUAGUCAGAAAGAUGACACCUGUGAUAGUAGCCGAUCACAUAAAACCGUCUUGGACCGGUGGCGAGAAUCACUUUUAACUUCUGCUAGCCUGUCCCAAAUCUUCCUUCACCUCUCAACACUGGAGCGAAGUAUAAUCUGGUCUAAAUCUAUCUUAAAUGCUCGCUGCAAAAUGUGCAGGAAGAAAGGAGAUGCAGAGAGUAUGGUGUUGUGUGAUAGCUGUGAUCGAGGCUAUCAUAUAUAUUGUAUCAGGCCAAAGCUCAAGGCUGUUCCUGAUGGAGACUGGUUUUGUCCAGAAUGUCGACCCAAGCAGCGUUCUAGGCGUCUCUCUUCUCGACAAAGACCUUCUAUGGAAAGUGAUGAAGAGAGUGAAGAACAGAUUGAAGAGGAGGAUAAAAUGAGUGAGGAGGAAGUGGGGCAAAGUGAGGAAGAAGACUAUGAAGAUGAAGAUGAUGAUUACUCUGAUUCUCAAGGUGAUGAUGAAAAAAGCUUAUCCAAAUCAGGAAAAACUCAGGUAAAACUUUCAUUACGACCAAGAGCAGCAAAGCUUAAUCCCACCAAUUUGAGUCAGUGCAGCCAGCGACAAGCUACAAGAAGGUACAGUCCUCGGAGUCAACAGAAUACACCUAAGCAAACUGGAUCUUCGUGUAAAGCCACUGGGAAGGGCAUACGAAAGACAAAGUCUGCACCUCCAUCAGUAACAAAAUCAUUAGGACUUAAUAGUCGUACUACUCGUCAGAAUCGAAGUUUGCUACAAGCCGAUGCCUUUAUUGAAUUAACCAGUCCCCGAAGACGACGUAGAGGAAGGAACACCGCGGACAAUAGUACAGAGAGCAGUCCUUCUAGUUCUCUUGGCUUCAGAAUUGUUAAUACAAACAAUGAACUGAAAAAUUCGCCAUUUUCUACAGAAAAAUGCUCUCCUCAAAAUACUGAGCCUAAGAGGAGGGGUAGGAAGCGACAAUCUGCUGAGUCCUCUCAAAUACCGUUAAAUAGGAGGAGUUCAGGUCGUCAGGGUGGAGUUCAUGAACUGUCUGCUUUUGAGCAGCUUGUAGUGGAACUGGUGCGUCAUGAUGACAGCUGGCCUUUCAUGAAGCUCGUGUCCAAAAUCCAGGUACCAGAUUACUAUGAUAUUAUCAAAAAACCGAUUGCCUUAAACAUAAUACGUGAAAAAGUAAACAAAUGUGAAUACAAGCUAGCAUCUGAAUUCAUUGAAGACAUUGAGUUGAUGUUUUCAAACUGCUUUGAGUACAACCCACGCAAUACAAGUGAAGCAAAGGCUGGAUCAAGACUUCAGGCUUUUUUCCAUGUCCAGGCUCAAAAGCUUGGGCUUCCUCUUGCAUCUGGUAACAUAGACCAUGCUGCUCCAGCAGCCAAGAAAUCCCGAAUCUAGCUUCUUCCUUCUAAAGGACUUAGAGGAAACCUUUAUAGUUUCAUGGGGAAUUAACCCUUUAAAUCAUGCAGCCAUCGUAUCUAUAGAAAGCAAUAACAUCUACCACACUUUAGAAGUGUGGUCUGCACUAUGUUCUCAAUUUAUUAAGCACUCAGGAGAAUGUAGGAAAGAUUAUCUUUGCUACAGUUUUGUUCAGUAUCUAAUAACUUUGAUAGAUGUGUAUUGAAUUCCAGUACUGGUUUACAGUAGUUUUUGUACUUUUAAAGACCGUUUUUGUGUCCCAAAUAACUUCCAGAAAUAUUUGUCUUCGGCACCAGAUAAUAUUGUCAUAUUCUUUAGAUUGUGUAAGAGCUGUAGUGUUGUAUUGUGAUGGUUCCAACUAGGAUAAAAAUCAUCUGAACCAGUAAAAAUGUCUAGAAGUUGCUUAAGUACCCUCUUUUGACACUACAAAUUAAUAAGUACAGUUUUAUAUCCUUUAAAUUACUGUGCCAGUACUGGUUGGAGAGAUUCAGUCUGACUUUAUUAAGUAGAUAUUUAUUUAGCAUUCAAAUUUGUGAAUUUGUUUUUUAUUUAUAAAAUUUUUACUAUAAGGAUAAAAAAUCCCUUAAUUUUUUUUGUUUGUUUGUUUGUUUUGGUUGUUACACCUCUAAUGAUUAGUUAUUUCC